AUGCUCCUUUACGCUUUUGCACUGAUACCCCUCUACGUUCUCGUAGUGGCGCCUCUCUCACAGAUGAUUUUCAAACGUCCAUCUACCCGCAAUGAACCUCUCAAUUUAAACUCCACAUUUAUCGCUAGUGAUGAACCGCUCUAUUGUCCUGAAGAUAGCUAUAAGACGUAUAUCAUUAGUCGAGAACCGCUUAUGAUAUAUAUUGAGGGGUUUCUCAAAGCGAAUGAGAGUAAACAUUUAGUUGAUAUUAGUGAACCGAUUUAUGCGCCUUCUACUAUUUCUCAUGGUCAGGAAACUACAAUUGAUACUUCGGUUCGUCAUUCGGAAGUAGCGUUGCUAGAGAGAGAUGAGGUGGUUAGGUGUAUUGAGCAUAGAGCGAGAGCGUUUCAGGGGUGGAGGGGUGAGAUGGGGAUUGAGAAGUUGAGGACGCAGAGGUACGGGGUUGGAGGACAUUAUGGGAUGCAUUUUGAUUGGAGUGGAGGAAAACGUGGCGUAGACCGAAUAAGUACAUUCAUGGUCUACGUCGAUGUAUCCUCCGAUAUUGAAGGUGGAGGAACAGAAUUUCCUCGUGUAAUAGGACCAAAAGGAGGUAGAUGGGAGGAAUUUCUUGAUACUACCGAAGCAUUAGAUCCAAGAAGUGGAAAAAAUGUAACGGUAGAAGGAGUAACAUUUAAACCGAUCAAAGGAAAUGCAAUCUUCUGGGAGAAUAUUGAUAGAGAUGGGAGAGGUUACGAGGAAACAUGGCAUGCUGGUUUACCGGUAAAGAGAGGAUCGAAAGUGGGUUUAAAUAUUUGGAGUUAUGGGAGGACUUUAAGAUGA